AUGCCCGGAGCUAAGCUUGCCCAGAGUCCAGAGGAAGGGGGAGUGUGUAUUACUGAAGCCCUUAUCACUAAGCGGAACUUGGCCUUCCCUGAGGAUGAGGAUCUGUCAGAGAAGAUGUUUCACACUCUGGCUGAACUGCAGACUGUCCGCCUGGACCGGGAGGGGAUUACCACUAUUGGGAACCUUGAGGGCCUCCAGAACCUUCACAGCCUUUAUCUGCAAGCGAAUAAGAUCCAGCGGAUUGAGAACCUGGCCUGCAUCCCCUCCUUGCGCUUCCUGUCUCUGGCAGGAAACCAAAUCAAGCAGGUGGAAAACCUCCGUGACCUCCCACAUCUCCAGUUUCUGGACCUUUCUGAGAACCUGAUAGAAACCCUGAAGCUGGAUGAGUUCCCCCAGAGCAUUCUCAUCCUCAACCUGACUGGAAAUAGCUGCACCAACCAGGACAGGUACAGGGAGCUGGUGACAGAAGCCCUGCCGCUGCUCCUGGACCUGGACAAGCAGCCCGUGUUAGAGCGCUGGACCUCGGAUGAGGAGGAGAAAGCCUCGGGCGAUGAGGAGGAGGAGGAGUUCCCGGAGCUGAGUGGCCCAUUCUGCACAGAGCGAGGCUUCCUCCAGGAGCUGGAGCAGGAGAUGGGCAGACACAAGGAGCGCAGACAGCAGGCAGCCCUGGCUGAGCACGUUCUGAGGAUGGAGACAAAGCCCGCCCUCACUGGCCUCCCCCUGCUGCCUGGGGGGCCCACGGCUAGGGACAGCAGUCUCUCUGUCACUCCCGAGCAAGGGACGGAGACAUCCCCCAAGGCUGCCUCCUUGCCACAGGCCACCUCUGCCAGCAAGAAACCCUGCCCUCUGGUUUCCGGCCAGCAAAGCGCUGUCCCGGCAAAGAAGGGGACCCCAGCCCCCGCGGCCUCUGUGGCUGGGGCCUCUAACACAACCAAAACUGUGACCAAAAGAAUCCAGAAGUGA